AUGGUUCUGGCCUCGGGUCUCGGCCGCAUGAAGCCCAACACGCUGCUGAUCGGCUUCCAGAGGAACUGGAGGACCACGACCACCGAGGCAGUGCAGAGUUAUGUGGGAGUCCUGCACGAUGCUUUUGACUUUGAGUACGGGACGUUGAUCCUGAGGAUGAACCAGGGGCUGGACGUGUCGCACAUCGUGGAGGCCGAAGAGGAGACGCUCAGAGCAGCGAAGGAGCAGCAGGACCUGGACAAAGACUCGAUGCCCAAUGGAGGCAAAGCCAGAGGGAUGUUCAGGAAGUCCAGGAAGACCUCGAAGCAAGUGCUCACCACCAGAGUGUCGGUGUGCGGUCCUCCUCCUCCGCAGGUUGCCAAGAUGAACGAGAAGCUGAUGGAGGCCAGCGCUCAGUUCCAGAAGAAGCAGCCGAAGGGAACCAUCGAUGUGUGGUGGCUGUUUGAUGAUGGAGGCCUCACGCUGCUGCUGCCCUACAUCCUGACCACCAGGAAGAAGUGGAAGGACAGUAAGCUGAGGAUCUUCAUCGUGGGCCAGCCGGGCCGCUGUGAGCAGGACCAGCAGGAGAUGAAGUCUCUGCUGAAGAAAUUCAGAAUUAACUGCACGGACAUCCACGUCAUCGACAACAUCCACAUCGCGCCCCGCAAGGAGAGCUCCCAGCAGCUGGAGGAGAUGAUCGAGCCCUUCUGUCUGCACGACGGCUCUCAGGACGCGGCGCAGGCGGCCGCUAUGAGGAGGGAGCAGCCCUGGAAGAUCACGGACGAGGAGCUGAGCUCCUUUGAGGAGAAGACCAACCUCCAGGUGCGGCUGAACGAGGUGCUGCAGGAGAACUCGAAGGAGGCCAACCUGAUCAUCGUGAGCAUGCCCAUCGCCCGCAAGGAGUCCGUCUCUGACUUCCUGUACAUGGCCUGGCUGGACGUCCUGACCCAGGACCUGCCGCCCACGCUGCUCAUCAGAGGCAACCACAAGAGCGUGCUGACCUUCUACUCCUGAGCCCGCCGCGGGAGCUAAGCUACAUGUUAGCGUAGCAGGGAGACGUCCUCCAGCCUCAUGACACACUCACACACUCACACACUCUCACACACACUCACACACACUCACACACAUACACACACACACACACUCACUCACUCACACACUCACACAAACACUUCAGCCUGAGGAGCGUCGUCAUACCCACAGGGCGACCACGAGAAGACAUAUCUGAGAAAAGAGAAUGGAAGUUGUUCAGGAACGUUUCUGACAACGAUAUAGAAACUGAUUGAGUCUAAACGUCCACCGGGGGGCUACCGGUGGACGCGCAGUGACUCAGGUUCAUAUCAAUUAUGUCAGGCAGGAGUUGAG